AUGGUCCGAAGGGUUGCCUGUAUUGGAGCAGGAUUUGUUGGGGGACCAUUAGGCACAGUCAUUGCUUCCCAAUGCGCACAUAUACAGACUGCGGUGGUAGAUAUCAAUCCAGAGAUUAUUGAUGCAUGGAAUUCGGACACUUUGCCACUGUACGAACCGGGACUCUCGGAGAUUCUGUUGGCUGUUCGCGAACGAGGUCACAAUUCAGUCCGUGGGUUCUCUUUCAACGAAGGGCAUCAUGCAAACGGAUUGUCCAAAUGCAACUUGACAUUCUCAACAAACGUUGAAGUCGCGAUCGAAGAGGCAGAAAUGAUCUUUCUUUGCAUUGACACGCGCACAAAGACUACGGGCCCUGGGGAGGGAUUCGCGCUGGAUAUGACCAACCUUAAGGCUGCUGUUAGAACGAUUGCACGAGUAGCCAAGACCGAUAAGAUCAUCGUUGAAAAAUCUACUGUUCCGUGUGGAACAGCGAGUACCCUUCGGGACUUGCUGAAAACAGAAGCUAAUGGCGCAUGUCAUUUCGAAGUCCUCUCCAACCCCGAGUUUCUAUCCGAGGGAACAAUUAUAUCCGAUCUACUUUAUCCGUCGAGAAUAUUGAUUGGAAGUGAAAUGACGCCUUCUGGCCGCAAAGCCUCAGACAAACUAGCAGAAAUCUACAGAAAAUGGGUGCCGGAUGACUUGAUUAUUCACAUGGAUUCGUGGUCAUCGGAAUUGUCCAAGCUUGCGGCCAAUGCACUUUUAGCACAACGAGUGAGCAGUAUCAACUCGCUGGCCUCGAUCUGCGAAGAGACUGGUGCAGACAUCAACUUUGUUUCGACUGCAUGCGGCUUAGAUCGACGCAUUACCAGAGCAAUGCUUCAACCGUCACUUGGAUGGGGCGGUGGAUGCUUCAAAAAAGACAUCUCUUGUCUGGUUUACCUAGCUCGAGGCCUAGGGUUGGAACAGGUGGCCAAUUACUGGGCAUCAGUAGUGGAGAUAAAUGAGUACCAAAAAGCGCGCUUUCUUGAGCGCAUCAUUUCCCACAUGCAUGGAUGCGUCGGCAAGAAAUUUAUCGCAAUUCUGGGAUUCGCGUUCAAAAAGAAUACAUCCGACACCAGGAAUUCGGCCGCCAUCACUUUGGUCCGAGGUCUUUUGGCAGAAGGUGCUUUCGUGUCUGUAUAUGAUCCACUAGUACCGGAAAGCCAAAUACUGGCUGACUCGAGCAUGAGAUUAUCAAAAGCCGAGCCGGGACAACUCCAAAUUUGCAAAACGGCAUACCAAGCAUGCACUGGUGCAGAUGCGGUUGUGGUUGUAACAGAUUGGGAUGAUUUCCACACACCAUUACGGGCAAUACCCCGAGACUCGUCAAAUCUGAACUUACCACCGACGCUCAAUUCCCCCGACAUGCAUGAAAGGAAAGCUGGCCUAAAUGUCCGUAUUCGCAUUCACGAGUCCCUGGAUUGGAGAACUGUCGUUGAUAGCAUGCAAGGACCAAAGCUUAUUUUUGAUGGGCGAAACAUGUUGGAUGGAGAAUACCUACAAGCCUUAGGCUGUAGGUAUAUUUGCAUUGGGAAACGAGUCACAUGA